CUCGAGUCAAACAGCAAAGAUUCACAUUUAAUUCACUCACACUCCACCGCCCAGCCACCGCAGCAACCGCCGUUCUCCGCCGCCCCUUCAAACGCCAAUUGCUAUCUUAGUCACAGAGUCCCGGCUUUAAUGGACUCACAAAAGCUACCCAAUUCCCAACCCAUGCGAGUCCUCAUUCGACCCCCAAUCCCACCCCCAGCUCAUACCUCCACUCCCCCUAGCCCCACCCCCCCCCCACCCCCUCCUCCCCACCCGCCUCCGCUCAACGGCGUCGUAGUUGUCGGCUUCAUCGGGAAACGUCAUGCUGACGUCACCAGCUUAAUCAACACAGUUAUCGACUCGAAUGUCUUCGGCUCGGGCGGGUUGGACAGGCCGUUUCGCAUCGAGAAUUUGGAAUUUGGUGAUGAAAUCAAGAGUUGGUUUAGGUUUAGGGAUAUCAGCUAUUACCAUGAUGAGGAAAAGGGGAUUUUGUAUUUGCAGUACUCGUCGAUCGACUGCCCCGCGCUGGAGGGGAAUAUGGAGUCUCGUAUGGGUUUUGAUUCCAUAUUGGAGGACUAUGAGUUCGGGGAUCUUCAAGCUAUGCUUUUUAUCUUCUCUGUUUGCCAUGUAGUAAUUUUUAUUCAAGAAGGAUCACAUUUUGACACCCCGACACUGAAGAAAUUUCGCAUUCUGCAAGCUGCCAAAAAUGCAAUGAGUCCAUUUGUGAAAUCGCAAACUGUACCCCCAUCAGCAUCUGGCUCACGAUUCUCAUCUCCGUCACGGACUUCUAUAUCAGAAUCAUUGUCUAACAAUAAUUCUCCUGUCAACAGCCGAGGCAUUUUAAGUCGUAAUACUUCGGCAAUUACAUUGAUGCCAGGGUUAGGUUCAUAUGCCUCUUUAUUACCCGGACAAUGUACUCCAGUAACUCUUUUUGUUUACCUAGAUGAUUUCUUAGAUAGUAUUCCUGGUUCUAGUGUUGAGAAGCCACCAGAGAUUUCCUCACUUAACCAAUCAUCAAGUUUGAGUAGUUUGCUCAGGCCAAACUUGCCUACAAAGGGACCUGGUUCAGUAGUUGUGCUUGCACGCCCUGUAAAUGAAACUGAAGGUGGAUUUAGAAAGAAAUUGCAAUCAUCCCUUGAGGCACAGAUCCGCUUUUCAAUUAAAAAAUGCCGAACACUUUCAGGGUCUGAAAAUAGUCAUAGGGCUAGAAGUGGUGCUAUGUCAAAUUCAGCUCCUUUGUUUUCCCUUGAUGCUUCGAAGGCUGUUGUGCUUGUAGACAUAUCUUCAAUUCAGAAAGGUGAGUCACUUGAAUUUGCUACCAGCGUUGUGGAAGAUAUUAUAUCUGGGAAGGCAUCUUCAGAUGCUCUUUUGCUUGAAUGUCACAGCCAGAGUGGAAACAGAGAAGACAUACUUUCUGUUAAGGAGUUCAUCUGCAGGCAGUUGGACAUAUUAAGAGGAAGAGGUGGCAUGGUUUCCAAUAGCAAUAGUGGUUCAGCUACUGGCGUUGGCAUGGUUGCUAUAGCUGCAGCAGCUGCUGCUGCCUCUGCCUCAGCUGCUUCUGGAAGGGCAUUCACUACUCCUGAACUUCCAAGUCUGGACAUCUGGUCCUCUUCUAGUCAACUUAUUCUACAUGCAAUCCUCUCUGCCCAGCAUGGAUAUAUAGAUAAAACUGAAAUCAGUAAGAGGAAACCCCGUCGGCAGAAUUCUGUUUCACCACCCAUUGAACGCAGUGCAUCAAAAGUUAGUGAUCCUCUUGAAACUGCAGUUUCUUAUUUAUCAAGUGGUAGAGGACUGAAUGCUAGAUUUUCCACUUUAUGGUGCCAAAAGGCCCUUCCUGUAGCUAAGGAGGUUUAUUUGAAUGACUUGCCUCCAUGCUACCCAACUUCUCAACAUAAUGACCAUUUGGAGAGAGCUCUGUCUUCUUUUAACUCAAUGGUCAAGGGACCUGCUGUGCAGUUGUAUAUGAAAAAGUUAGAAGAUGAAUGCACAGCCAUCUGGAGUUCUGGAAGGCAACUAUGUGAUGCAAUCAGUCUCACAGGAAAACCAUGCAUGCAUAGGAGACAUGAAGAUGAAACUGGCACUUUGCAUUCCAGUGGAUAUGUCUUCCUUCAUGCUUGUGCCUGUGGUCGAUCGAGACGGCUGCGAUCAGACCCUUUUGAUUUUGAAUCAGCUAAUGUUACAUUCAAUGGUUCUAUGGAUUGUGAUAAGCUACUCCCCAUGCUCCAGCCUCCUCGCGGAAGUGUUAUUGGACCUGUUCAGCCCUCUUCAUGGAGUUUAGUUCGAGUUGGAAAUGCCAGGUACUAUCAGCCAUCUAAAGGUUUAAUCCAGAGUGGCUUUAGUGCUACAGAGAAGUUCCUUUCAAAGUGGUCCAUCUUGCUUGAGAAACCGAAAGUGUUAAAUGCUCCACUGCCAAGCAAUUUUCAGCAAGCCUCUUCCAAUUUGUUUCAUAGUGAAUCCAAGGAUGAUACUAAUCCAGACACAAUGGUAGAUCAGGUUGGUGCUAUAAGGUUGCUUGAUAAAGAAAUGCGAAGUGAAGUGAAGAUGCAAAGAAAAUCCUCUUUAGGAGAUAUUAGAGGUGAAGAUAAGACAAACAGUUUCAGUAAAAAACUAUCUAACUUUACUAUGAGGAAACCUUUCUCUGAGGUGGUUGCUGGAUCAGCAAAUCCAGAUUCAGCAUUUCCUCCUCUCCAAUCAAAAGCACAACCCCAGCCAUCUAUAGCGAAGGGUAUGAAACAGCAAAGCGAUAAAGAUGGAGCUAGAGAGAAGGUCAGUGAAAUCACUGAUGCUGAAGAAUCUGAAAAAGUUGGUGUCAUUCCUGCUGUGGAUGAAGCUGUGAAUGGCAAUGUUACUCUUUCUAAUGGCUUCAGUAAAGUCAAUCGGUUUUCAGAGAUAGAUACUGAUAUAUUUCCUAUGCAUAUCAACAGCGGUGCAAAAACCAAAGCAGUCUCUUUGAAACAUGUAACCAUCUACAUUGGAUUUGAGCAUGAAUGUCCUCAUGGGCACCGAUUUAUAUUAUCCUCAGACCAUCUCAAAGAACUUGGUUCCCCUUAUUUGGUCACUGAAGAUUCCACUACAGCUUUGGAGCGUGAAGAUCAUAAAUUGGCAGAACAUCCCAAAGCGGGUAAGAAUGGAGGUCAUGGUAAAGGCCGCCGUCAAUCAAAUGGAAUCAUUUCUGCUGCAUCUAGAAGAGUUAGAAACUUGGAGAAGUCAAAGGAGAGAACAGAUAAUGGCUAUGCAUAUGUAGAUGGAUCAAUGCAACCUUCCAAGCCCCCUAAAGAACAGCCUAGUAUGAUGAUAGAUGCUGCUUCUCGUAAAGAUCUUGAACCUAGACUUCAAUCUCAUAGCCUUGCUGGCACUGGCUACACUUUCCCCUUGUUGAAUAGAAAUUUGCCACUAUACAUGAACUGCCCACACUGUAUGAACUUGAAGAAUAAGAAGGAUGAGACAGAUGCCAAAUUUGCAGGCAGUGUUUCACAGCUUCAGAGGAUUUUUGUGGUCACACCUCCAUUUCCUGUUGUCUUAGCAGCAUGCCCCAUUAUACAAUUUGAGGUAUCAUGCCUUCCCCCAUCUAUUCCAGACCGUGAAACAAAAUUGCAGUUCAGCCUUAGCUGUCCGGUGGUUUUGGCCCCAGACAGUUUCCUGUCACUUAGGCUCCCCUUUGUUUAUGGUGUACAAUUGGAGGAUGGAAGUUUGCAUCCUCUAAAGCCUUUUGAACACCAGCCUGAACUCACUGCCUGGAUUACCAGUGGCACAACACUAAAGGUCGUCUCCAAGGAAAACAAUUAUGACGAAUGAUUCCUGACAUAGUCAGUUAACGGACUCUAAAUGUGGAUGAUGAUAAUCAACUGCAAUUAUGGAUUUCCAAAUUACUGGAUAAAUCCUCUACUGCUGAUUUAAUGGAUAAAACUUUGAUGAUUUUGAAACUGAUGAGUUGCAGUGGAUGGAAUUAGCUUUUUCUACUCUAACCACUUGACCAGGUUCCAUUAUCCAGCUGGAAUUUUAAAGAAUCCACAACAGUUGAUUUGCCACAUUUUGGAAGGCUUUUUGAACUUCAGCUAAGAGUCCAGCAUAAAUGUGGCACACCCCGAGUUGACAUUGGAUUGAGGCGAAGCAGAUCUUCGCUCCAAUAUGCUGUUCCGUUCCAGCUGUAGGGGACUCUUGCUUGAGAAGAAAGAUUGCCCCUACUGCUCAUCUUCAAUAGCCAUGGAUCCUGAAAGUGCUAUCUACCAAAGAAUCGCCAAGGUGCAUCAAGACAAAAAGCAGCUACUUCUCGAUAUAUCGGAUCAAGCAGCUAAACUGCUAGAACUUUUUGAUUCUUUCUGCUGUGUUACACGUCUUUCUAUCAUGUUAUGAGUUGGCCAGAAAAGUUCUGCCUGUGCAUACUUUGAUGGAGUUUGUAAAUAUGCAAAUUGGUUUGGCUUAGGAUACUGCUCUCUUUUUCCUUCCCUUAUUUUGCCAGUGGAGUUCAUCAAAUAUGCAUUCUAAACUACAGUUAUUAUUUAUUAUUACAUCUUCUUUUUUUUUUUGUCUUUAAUUACAUAAUAUAUAUUCUUUCA